UGUUUAGGCGAUGAUUAAUUCAGCGCUCUAGUGGAGUGCAUCGAAAUUAGAUCGAAACUGCUCUGAUUCUAGGCACUCGAUAGGCGUCGUCGUCGGACGAUCAUCUCCGGAGUAAAUGCAGGGUCAUUUGGGAUGCAACGAUACUGGGACUAAUUAGUAAGUGCUGGGAAUUGUUCGGAACAGCUGGGUUUGUGCACUUAAAUAGGCAUCUCCAGCGGGGAGAUGUGGUCAGUUUAAGUUUGGUGGUCGGCGUCGGUUGGAUCAGUUCCCGGUUUGUGUUUUGAGCUGUGUUGCGGAGAGAAUUUUGUGAUUAGAGCUCCUAAAGUUUGGGACAAAACAAAAAGAAAAUGAAUUCCAAGCAAGUGUUGUUGGGCUUCGGACUGUUGCUGGUGGUCGGAUUCGUCAGCGUUCAAGGAGCAGUGAUUCGCGAAAAAAGACAACUGAAUUCUCUGCUGACUGUGAGUGGAGAGGCAAACGCUAGGAUUGAAAAUGGAACCAUCUUCUGUGACACCCUGAAGUGCCCAGAGGAGUCAUUCAAGUGCAUCAUCGUCAAGAAUAACACCAAGGACAACGUCAACCAGAUCGAGGUGACCCGCGAGUGCCUGGACCCGGCCGGUAAACCGACGGCCAAGACGAUCGAACGCGAACCGAACCAAUUCCCGGGGGCGCACUUCGAGAGCUAUGCGGAGAUCGACAAGAACGGCAAUGUUGCCUCGUUCGACAAUCGGGGCAAUUCCUACAACCAUUCCGGCAGCGGAGAUUUGCACUCGUACCUGUACAAGCAAAUUGACGAACUGCACAAGCAGAUCCUGGAUCAGCUGCAGGGUCAAACGGCUGCUUACCGGAUUCCGUGAAGAAGUCGAACGAUUUAAAUUUGGUGCGAUCGAAUUAGAUAAGCAAUACUUUACUUCAUGGUUAGGAGCUAGGUUACAAUUCGAUGAGAGCCAAAUUCUGAUUUUAGUAAGAACUAUCCAAUUGUUUUGAUGCGUGUGAACUAUCUACUAACGAACGAGAGCGGAGCGCGGGAACUUUUCACACGGUUUCAAGAUAUCGAUCGCAUGUAGGAAAUGUAACUAAAUAUAUAUUUUUUCUUCGAGUGUGAGACAAUAGGCGUUGUGUUGAUUCAUCUUUUGGAAGCGUUGCAAAUGUUGAUUGAUGGCUUAGUAGUGUUUUCUCAUAAUUGGAUUUGUUCGCAUUAACAGUCACUCUCGAAUCACGUGGAUCGGUUGAAGAUUUACGUAAUGUGAUAUGUAGAUAAAUAAAUCUUUGAUAACAUGACAUU